UGUCACGCCUUACAUGCAUGCAAAGACCAAGCCACCAGUCCAACUUCCAAAGUUCCAAGUCAACACUUCCUAUAGAUCUUCAUAUAUUUAUUUCUCUCUACUUCUACUUUAUUAUAAACACAUACUCUAUCCACUUUCCAAAAUACAACAACCCAUCUCUUUCUUUUCUCCACAUUCAAAUCUUCCUAGUAUAUAUGUUCUUCAUAAUCUCCACAAAGAAAGACAAGCGCUAAACUAGAAUAUAACACCCAAAACAUAGAACUAUGAGAAAACCUUGUUGUGAUCAUAACAAGGAGGAAAUGCAAAGAGGAGCUUGGUCUAAACAAGAAGACCAAAAACUCAUUGAUUAUAUCACUAAACAUGGUGAAGGUUGCUGGAGAAACUUACCUAAAGCUGCUGGUCUGCUUCGUUGCGGCAAAAGUUGCAGGCUGAGAUGGAUAAAUUAUCUUAGUCCAAAUCUAAAAAGAGGCAAUUUUUCUGAGGAUGAAGAUGAUCUCAUCAUCAAGCUUCAUGCUCUCCUUGGCAACAGGUGGUCCCUAAUAGCUGGAAGAUUACCGGGGAGAACUGAUAAUGAAGUGAAGAAUUAUUGGAAUUCCCAUUUGAGAAGAAAACUAAUAAAAAUGGGAAUCGAUCCAAACAAUCAUAGGAUUUCUCAUUAUCUUCAUAUAAAAAGGCUUGAAUUUUUGCCAAAAAAUAGCACAAGAGAAAAUGAUGGAGUAAUAUCUGAUACUGCAAGUUCUUGUGCAGAUGGUCAACAAAUUACAAGUUCAUUGCCUGAUCUCAAUUCACUUCCUUAAAUAAUAUCGAUGACUUUCUUGAUUAUCUCCACUGAGAGUUAAUUUUAGCUGACUGAUAAUAUGUGCGCAAGGUUGGCUGGACACCACCGUUAUGAGAUAAAUAAAAUAAUUUGCACCAUGGUUGAGAAUAUGAACUCAACAUUUUUUUUAAAAAGUUUUAGCUAGCUAGAAAAGUACAAUGUAUGGUUGUUAUUAGACUAUUGUUCAUGCAGUUAUGGUCACAUUUGAUACUGUACUUUUGAAGGUAUAAUUUAUCUCCAUUUCAAGAA